CUGAAAAUAUACGCCAACUUUCGUGUGAUGGCACUUCAAUCCCCCGUCGUCGCCGCCACGGAACAGGACAAGCUCAUGGGUGCUGACCGAGAGGUGACUCUGCUGCAGAAGCUCUACCAAGUGGACUUGGGCGUGGCACGAGCCAUAUUCCAAGCCUUUGAAGGCAACCGCAUUGCCUUUUACGUGCUGGAGUUCGUGUCGUUGACUGGCGAUGGCAUCUUGUGGCUCUUGACGGUGUUGCCUCUGCUCAUCGUGGCAUGGGUGUUUGGUUUCAUGAAAACCAUCACCCCAGGCCAAGGCCUGUUCAUCGUGUUCUUCUAUCUGUGCCAAGUGGUGGACAUUGUGUUUAUCAUCAUCUUCAAGCUCAUGUUUCGGCGCGCCCGUCCUCCGCACCACAAGACAGACGCGCGCUUUGCCGGGCCGGACCAGCACUCGUUUCCGUCUGGCCACUCCACCCGCUCGUUUUGCCUCGUGGGGUUGAUUUUCUACCUCGCUGCAUACUAUCCCAAAGCCCUGCAUGAUACGUUGGGGGCGUGGGCUGUCAAGGGCAUGCCAGUGGUGGUUGUGGUGUGGGCCACGGCCAUCUGCUUUUGCCGCUUGGCGCUGGGUCGCCACUACCCGACCGACGUGCUAGCCGGUUCUGUCCUUGGGGUGCUGCUGGAGUUUCCUGUCGCGGCCGUCCUUAUUCCGUAUAUCGCCCCCACCUUGUUGAAGGGCGCGGCCAGCGUGUAAUUCAAUGCUAUCUUGCUUCGGUAUUGUGUCGACGUCGUUGAAUGCAUAGCAGUUUGUUGGCUCGAGUGCCCACGUAGACUGCGUUGUCGUGGGCGACGGGGGAAGAGAAUGCAUGUCCGCCAAGCGACAGCUGCGCCUGCCACAUAGGGGACCAAGUGUCCCAAACAUAAUACAUCCCGUUGGUGGUGCACACCCC